GCGCCUCCUCCUCGGGCUGUGACUUCACACUCAUCCCCGGAGCUCCCUGCCCCACCCUGGCCCUGGCUUUCCCCGCUGGAAGAUGACUAUUGCCCUAACGGUAUCCGCCAUCCGCGGCUGUAUUGUAAUUACUUUCUCAAACAAAGAGAUUCUACCAUGAUUUGCAGAGAGAAGAAAAUACUUGAGGAAGAACGUCGGGUGAAGGCCAAUGAUCGUGAUUACAAUGAAAAGUUUCAUUAUGCAACUAAUGCCAUCAAAACAUCCAAGUACAAUAUCCUCACGUUCCUGCCUAUUAACUUAUUUGAGCAGUUCCAGCGAGUUGCCAAUGCAUAUUUCCUUUUCCUGCUAAUUUUACAGCUGAUUCCAGAAAUAUCAUCGUUGUCAUGGUUUACUACCAUUGUGCCUUUAGUUCUUGUACUAACCAUCACUGCUGUGAAGGAUGCCACCGAUGACUACUUUCGACACAAGAGUGAUAACCAAGUGAACAAUCGUCAGUCUCUAGUGCUUCGCGGUGGAAAAUUGCAGAAUGAAAAAUGGAUGAAUGUACGAGCAGGAGACAUCAUCAAACUUGAGAACAAUCAGUUUGUGGUUGCUGAUUUGCUGCUUCUUUCCAGCAGCGAGCCACAUGGUCUUUGUUAUGUUGAAACAGCUGAACUCGAUGGAGAAACUAAUUUGAAAGUUCGUCAGGCUCUUCCAGUAACUGUGGACCUUGCAGAAAAUAUUUUCAUACUUGCUUCGUUUGAUGGGGAGGUUGCGUGUGAGCCUCCAAACAAUAAACUAGACAAGUUUACUGGAACUCUGAUCUGGAAAGACAGCAAGUAUUCUCUGAAUAAUGGCAAGAUGCUCUUGAGAGGCUGUGUUCUGAGAAACACCGAAUGGUGCUUUGGAAUGGUCAUCUUUGCAGGCCCUGAUACUAAAUUAAUGCAGAACAGUGGUAAAACUAAAUUUAAACGCACAAGCAUUGACCGGCUAAUGAAUACUCUAGUGCUAUGGAUCUUUGGUUUUCUAACUUGCAUGGGGAUUAUCCUAGCGAUAGGAAACUCAAUAUGGGAACAUCAAGUUGGCAGUCGUUUCAGAGUCUACCUGUACUGGGACGAAGUGAUAAACAGCUCCAUAUUCUCAGGAUUCCUUACGUUUUGGUCAUACAUUAUUAUUCUAAAUACUGUUGUACCAAUCUCUUUAUAUGUCAGCGUUGAAGUCAUUCGGCUAGGACACAGUUACUUUAUCAACUGGGAUCGCAAAAUGUAUUACGCUAAAAAAGGAACACCUGCGGAGGCAAAGACAACCACACUGAAUGAAGAAUUAGGACAGAUAGAAUAUAUUUUCUCGGACAAAACAGGAACUCUAACCCAGAACAUUAUGACCUUCAACAAAUGUUCAAUCAAUGGAAAGGUGUAUGGUGAAGUACGGGAUGAAAUUGGACGUAAAGUAGAAAUUAAUGAGAAAACUGCCCCAGUUGACUUUUCAUUCAAUCCGUUCGCUGACAGGAAAUUUAAUUUUUACGAUCACAGCUUAAUUGAGUCUAUAAAACUGGACGAUCCCCAUGAGCAAGAGUUUUUCAGAUUGCUUGCUCUGUGUCACACAGUGAUGGCGGAGGAGAAAAAUGAAGGAGAGCUGACUUAUCAAGCCCAGUCACCGGAUGAAGGAGCAUUGGUAACUGCGGCUAGGAACUUUGGCUUCGUUUUCAGAUCUCGAACUCCCGAGACCAUCACUGUAGAAGAAAUGGGGAUAACAAUAACAUACCAGCUAUUAGCAAUAUUGGAUUUCAACAAUGUCCGCAAACGAAUGUCAGUCAUAGUACGAAAUCCGGAUGGCCAUAUUAAACUUUACUGUAAGGGAGCUGAUACCAUCUUGUUCGAAAGACUGGAUGCCAGUAGUGAGGAGCUGAUGUUUAUAACAUCGGAUCAUCUUAAUGAGUUUGCAGGGGAAGGACUACGGACACUAGCCCUAGCAUAUAAAGAUCUUAGUGAGGAUUAUUUGAGGUGGUGGCUGAAUCUCCAUCACGACGCAAGCACUACACUCGAGAACAGAGAGGAAAGGCUCGCUGCAGCUUAUGAAGAGAUUGAAAGCAACAUGAUGCUACUGGGUGCUACUGCAAUUGAAGACAAACUGCAAGAAGGUGUGAGAGAAACUAUCGCAAGUCUUCUACUGGCAAACAUAAAGCUGUGGAUUCUAACAGGAGACAAGCAGGAGACUGCCAUGAAUAUUGGUUACUCUUGCCACAUGCUUACCGAUGACAUUAAUGAUAUUUUCAUAGUGUCCGGUCACACAGUGACAGAAGUUCGGGAGGAGCUGAGGAAAGCCAAAGAGGUCACAUUUGGGCAAAGCAGGAGUCUGCACAAUGGCCACCAGUUCUCAGAAAAGACAAAGGACAGUAAGGUUGAAUCGGUGUAUGAAGAAACGGUGACUGGCGAAUAUGCCCUGAUAAUUAACGGGCAUAGUUUGGCACAUGCCCUUGAAGCAGACAUGGAGAAAGAGUUUCUAGAAAUUGCCUGCGUGUGUAAGACUGUGAUAUGCUGCAGAGUGACACCGCUUCAGAAAGCACAAGUGGUGGAGCUAGUAAAGAAGUACAAAAAGGCUGUCACAUUAGCCAUUGGAGAUGGUGCCAAUGACAUCAGCAUGAUAAAAAGUGCCCAUAUAGGAGUUGGCAUUAGUGGACAAGAGGGGAUGCAAGCUGUUUUAGCGAGUGACUACUCUUUUGCCCAGUUUAGAUACCUUCACAGACUUCUUCUGGUCCACGGUCGAUGGUCUUAUUUUAGAAUGUGCAAGUUUUUGUGUUAUUUCUUCUAUAAAAAUUUUGCCUUCACACUAGUGCAUUUCUGGUUUGGCUUCUUCUGUGGCUUUUCUGCACAGACUGUCUAUGACCAGUGGUUUAUUACACUUUUCAAUAUUGUUUAUACAUCACUUCCUGUUCUGGCAAUGGGACUGUUUGACCAGGACGUGAACGAACAGAAUUGUAUGGAUUACACAAAACUCUACGAGCCAGGCCAGCUCAAUCUACUGUUUAACAAACGCAGAUUUUUUAUUUGUAUUGCACAUGGGAUUUAUACUUCUUUUGCCCUUUUCUUUGUACCCUUUGGGGCAUUUUUUAAUACAGCUGGUGAAGAUGGGAAACACAUUUCGGACUAUCAGUCAUUUGCUGUCACCGUUGCCACAAGUCUGGUUAUAGUUGUCAGUGUUCAGAUUGGUCUGGACACCAGUUACUGGACAGCUAUCAACCACUUCUUUAUCUGGGGCAGCCUGGCUGUGUAUUUCUCCAUUUUGUUUGCAAUGCAUGGGGAUGGUAUUUUCGAUAUAUUUCCCAGUCAUUUUCCUUUUGUAGGAAAUGCCAGAAACUCCUUAAGUCAGAAAAGUGUUUGGCUUGUAAUAUUCUUAACCACUGUGAUUUGUGUCAUGCCUGUGCUUACAUUUCGCUUCUUGAAGGUGGAUCUAACACCAACAUUAAGUGAUAAGGUGCGAUAUUUGCAACAAGCUAAGAAGAAGAGGAAACCAUUAGAGAACCGUAUGCGUAGGAUACACAGAACAAGCUCCAGAAGGUCAGGAUAUGCAUUUGCUCAUCAGGAAGGUUACGGGGAACUUAUUACAUCUGGCAAAAACAUGCGUGUGAAUGAUCCUCACUCCUCCUCAGGACUAACAAAAACAAUGCUAAGCAGCACAAGCUGGAUAGAAAAUUUACGAAAGAAGACUGCAGAAAAUUUCAAUAGUUUCAGCAGUGACAAAUCUUCAAAAUUAUGAAGUACAAAAACUGUUGAUACCAAGUUCGUUUGUUUUUGUUGAGCUCUCGUUGAGCUGUGGCCAUAUCGUUGCACUGUGUCCCUCAUUGCUUGAGAGUCAAACAUCUAUGGUUUUACUAAAGAGAAUGAGACCCGUGACAUGGAGAAGAUUGUUGAAUGUAACAUGUGUUGACAUACAAGGACUAAUUAUAAGAAUACAGAAAUACUUGGCCGAAAAAAAAUGCACACCGUACCAAGCAAUGUCGGAGGUUCACCUCACAUAAGAGAAAGCAUCAAAAGACAAUUCUUUACUGUGAAAAAGGCAGCCAAGUGCUUUAUAACAAUACAAAAAAAGACUAUAUCAUUGACCAACAACUGUUCAAACAAUUAAUUUUUUUCGUUGAAUGUUAAAGGCAUUGUUUGUAACAAUGAGCAAUCGAGAGUUUCAAUGAUUUGGACUACUUGGGCUCUUUUUUUUAUUGGUAAUACAAAAUGUUGUUCUUUUUCAGGUUUACCGAUGUGUGUUUAAAGGUGUUGCACCUUCUUUGUUUUUAAGAGAUUUUUGUAUGCUUUUCAGUGCAUUGGAAAUUGUACAUACUCACAGGUUAUGCUUCCAUUAAUCCUUACUAAUCAGCUAGGGGAGCAGCAUAUGCCCUGCCAGUUGACCUACAAUUUCCAGACCAACAUUGCUCACACUUUAGCACUCUCUAUUCCAGUGUUUCUGAAAUAGCAUGCCUCGGUGUUCUGCGAUUUAUGGAAAUCCCCAUUGGAACACAACUGCUGUAUUUCAUUCCAGAUCUACUGCUUGAAGUCAGCAUUAAACCUUUCAUUGUUCACCUUUCUAGCAAAGAAAGGGUUACUCGCCUUCACCUUUAAGUGCUUAACUUGUAAACCAGUAAUGUACAACAUGUUAAUAUUUUUCUUUCCACGUCCUUGUCCUUUCGAUGUUUUGUAAAGUAGAGUGAGACAGCCAGUUAUGUUUUUUAUUUUGAAAGGUACGUUAGUUGGGGAAUCUUAAUGCGUAACAUUUAAAGCGCCUUGGAGUCCUGGUUUGUUCAAGAUGGCGCGUGAUACAUUCCUAAUAAUACAAUAUGAAUGUCACUAUUCUGUAUCUCAGCCUUUUCAGCACUAUGAAUGUCAAUGUCGAGCCGUGAAGUUAUCACGUGACAAAAAAAUAGUAAUAGCUCAGAUUGAGCCAGUUGUGUCUUCAGAUAUGUCUUACUCCACCGAGUGCCAUAGGCAUACUUAGAGGCAUUAAGCCUUAAUCUGGCUUUCAUUAAAUCAAACUACCAUCUACAUUAAUAGACUUGGAAAACGUCUUAGUGGCCUUCACCUCCUCAUUGCCUAAAAACCAUUAUAUUUUACAUCUUUACUGAUGUUACUGUAACCCACUUAGAUUGUAAAUAUUCAUCUGAUUAUUUAGUUCCCUUUGUUUGAAUAACAAGGAAGCCGCAUACUCAGGGGAUAGCAGUUUUUGUAUAAAUUGUUCUGCAUUGUUGCAACUUUACUGAUAUCUCAUCUAUUUAUGUGUAAGAGUAAGGAUGCCCACCACCAGCUUCUCUUGAGCUCCUUUUCCCAUAAGUCAACUACAAUGCAAAUGUCUACCAUUGGUCCUACAGUGAAGUUAUUUCAUAUAUAUGUAUAUUUAUUUUUUUGAGAGGGUGAAUCAUUUUUUAUUUGCAGGGAUUCAGCCGCAGAAUGAAUAAGGGCAUUAGAAAUAUCUCUACACGUACUGUAUUAAAUUGGUAAAAGGGACACUCCAAGCUUCAUAACCAUUUUAGUUUAGUUCAAUGGUUAUUUGAUAUGAACCUGUAUGAAGUCCCUUUGGUGUUUGUCAGAAUGUUUACAGUCAGUUUGACAAAACCGUCAGGAAUCUGCAAAGCCCAAAUCUUACACCAUCCUGGGGAAAUCUUCCUUUGUCAUUACAGCAUAUAAAGAUUAGAGCAUUGGGGUAUAGAAUAGGGAAUGAUAAAUCACAAUUAUCUCAGAGUUACAUCAGACAAUAAGGGGUGAAUGUGGUGCUUGGAGUGUCCCUUUAAACAUAAUAAUCUAGAAUUGUAAUGAAUGUCACUUAACAUCCAGGGAGGGCUUUGUGUAUAGAAAAGUCUUUAGAUUUUCUAGGAGGGUGUGCAGUUGCUCUGUUACUUAGUACUGAAGUGGCAGGUUUCUUAUAAAGUACUGGUUUAAUACUGAAAUAAUCACUGUCCAUGGCUAGCGUGGCUUACAUAUGUUUUCUUUUUCUUGCUACCGUAGAAAAUCCAUCUAUAUUUUAUGAUCCAUGAGUUACACUAGGGCAGGGACGGACAGUGGGAGUCAUCAGGCAGUCUAUAACUCCAUCAUUGUAAGCUGAGAUAUACAGAACGUGGCAAUUCCAAUCUUUGAACGAGAAAUAUGUCUUCCAGACCUGAACAAUGGUUUUAACAGGCCUUAACACCUACAAUUUAAUGUCUCUGUGAAAUGUAAGUACUGACAUAGAACACACAUUCCCUAUCAGGAGAGGCUGCAAGUGUAGUAUCUAAUCAUGCAGCUCCAAUGUUUACAACAAGGGUAUCCUUUACCCUCGGCCCUUCAUUUUUUUUGUUUGACUACAUUUCCCAGAAAAAAAACUUCCACCUUUUGCUACAAUUUUCGGAACUGUAGUUUAAAAAAAUCUGGAUGGACGAAGUUUGACACCCCUGGUUUACAAUAACAUAAGUCAGCUUAUUAUUCAUGUAUUUUCCCACCUAAACCAACAUGGUGCAAUAACGACAGUGAUAUCUCCCAUUACUACUAGAUAUAGUAGUAAUUCAGACAAUCUAUUUUUUUUUAUUGAUGCUAGUAAAGAUAUUUUAUUAAGGCUCCAUAGCCUGAAUGACAAGGCAGACAGACCUCAGUUACUGAAACCCAUAACGCAAAACACAAAGUUAUAUCACCAACACACUCUGCAAUCCAUUGCACUACAUUGUUCAAGUGUAUUGCCUUUAAUUUACAAUAGGGCAAGUGUUCUCCCAGAAUCGCUACACUAUUAACUCCUGACAUGAACCAAUGGUUUGAUCUACAACGUAAUCCAAGUCAAUUUAAUAUUCUGGGGUUAUAACGUCAUUUUAAACAUUCAGUAAACAAUUAACUUUUCGAAUGCUGUUCUGUAUCAAACAGAAUUUCAUGGUUUAUGGUAUAUCAUUGUCUAAAGGUGUUGCACCUUCUUUGUUUUUAAGAGAUUUUUGUAUGCUUUUCAGUGCAUUGGAAAUUGUACAUACUCACAGGUUAUGCUUCCAUUAAUCCUUACUAAUCAGCUAGGGGAGCAGCAUAUGCCCUGACAGUUGACCUACAAUUUCCAGACCAACAUUGCUCACACUUUAGCACUCUCUAUUCCAGUGUUUCUGAAAUAACAUGCCUCGGUGUUCCGCGAUUUAUGGAAAUCCCCAUUGGAACACAACUGCUGUAUUUCAUUCCAGAUCUACUGCUUGAAGUCAGCAUUAAACCUUUCAUUGUCCACCUUUCUAGCAAAGAAAGGGUUACUCGCCUUCACCUUUAAGUGCUGAGUGAAACAGCCAAGACAUGUGACAUGUACAAGUUUAACAUUAUCACAAGUUUCCCCCACCCCCCUUUUUUUUUUUUUGCAUUCAAUGACAGUUGUAAUGUUUUUAAAACAAAUCUGGAUUUUUUUGUUAAUCCAUUUUGUAUUUGCAGAAAUCAAAACGUUAUCAACAUUUAAG